AUGGCGCCUCGACUCCCGCCAUCCUGCCUCCAGGCCCUGCGCCUGCCCGCCCAGCCGUCGCUCUCCCUCCCCUCUCGCCUCCUCCUCCCGAGAACCAGCCAGCGCGGCAUCACGGCCGGCUGGUCGACCCUCCCCCACCGCUCCAAGCCUACCCGCUUCAACCAGCCGUCUGCCGGCCUGCCCGUCCCGACCGCUGGCCCAGCCGCCGCCCUCGCCCGCAAGGAGCUCACGACGCCCCUGCGCACCGGCGUCCUCGCCAUCAAAAAGGGCAUGACGUCCGUCUUCGUCGGCAAGAAGCGCGUGCCCGCCACCGUGCUGCAGCUCGACCAGGUGCAGGUGCUCGCCUCACGCACGCGCGCCACCCACGGCUACUGGGCCGUCCAGGUCGGCCUCGGCCAGAAGGAGCCGCGCAACGUCACGCGCCCGCUGCUCGGCUACUUCGAGGCCCGCGGCGUCUUCCCCAAGCGCCACAUUGCCGAGUUUCGCGUCAAGGGCGAGGACGGCCUGCUGCCCGUCGGCGCCCAGCUGCGGCCCGACUGGUUCCAGAAGGGCCAGUACGUCGACGUCCGCUCCAACAGCCGCGGCCAGGGCUUCGCCGGUGGCAUGAAGAGGCACGGCUUCGCCGGUCAGCCGGCCUCCCACGGAAACUCCAAGAACCACAGGACCAUGGGUACCGCCGGCCCCUCGCAGGGUUCCGGCUCCAGGGUGCUGCCCGGCAAGAAGAUGCCGGGACGCAUGGGCAACCAGCAGACGACGGUGCAGAACCUGACCGUGCUGUCGGUCGAUAACGAGCUUGGCAUCGUCGUCGUCAGCGGCCCCGUGGCCGGCCCCAAGGGCUGCAUCGUCAAGCUGCAGGACGCUGUCAAGAGGAAGGCGCCCACGCAGCCCCACCGCGAGGCCACGCUAUCGGCGCUGCUGGAGGAGAACGUCGAUGCCGAGGUCAAGCUGCAGGAGGCGCGGGAGAGGCAUCUUGUCAUGAAGGAGGAGAGGAGGUCACGACCCGAUCUAUUGUAA